AUGAAAAAGGCGCGCAAAACAAUAUUUGGUGCAAAUUCAAGUGAUGAACAAAUUAAACUGGCAAUUGAUGAUAUAAUCAUUAAUAAAAAAUCAACACUAUCAAUAGCUAAUAAAUUUAAUAUUCCUAGAACGACUUUAAGAAGAGCUAUGAAUAAAUAUAAAGAGACUUUGGAAUAUCCUCAUAUGGGAUGGAGUUCAAAUAGGCUAAUAUUCACUAAAGCUCAGGAGGACCUUUUAAAAGAUUAUAUAAUUCAGGCUAGUAAAUCACUAAUGGGUUUUGGCAUAAAGCAAAUAAGAAUAUUGGCACAUGAUUUAGCAAAAAAAUAUGAGUUAAAGUUUCCAGAAAGUUGGACUCAUGAUGGAAUGGCUGGCUUGGAUUGGUUCAAAGGGUUUAAAAAUAGACAUCCUACAUUAGCCCUUAGAACCCCUGAAGCAACAAGCUUGGCUAGAGCUCGAGGCUUCAAUCCUCACAGUGUCAAAAUUUUUUUUGAUAAUUUAAAAUCUCUAAUGGAUGAAUAUAAAUUUGAACCACAAGACAUAUGGAAUAUGGAUGAGACUGGAGUAACCACUGUCCAAGAUCCUGGUAAAGUUAUUGCAGAGAAGGGCAUGAAACAGGUAGGAUUUUUAACAUCAGAUGAAAGAGGAUCCUUAGUGACCAUUGCUAUAGCUAUAAAUGCAAUUGGUUCCUCCUAUGUUACUAUUUCCAAGAAUUCGAUACAAAGAUUGGUUUAUCAGAGAGGCCCUAUAGGUUGUAUUGGUGCUGGAAAUGGAUCUGGGUGGAUGCAGGAAAAUGAAUUCCUGAUAUUUUUAACUCAUUUUUGCAAACUAACAAAAGCAUCCAAAACAAAUAAAAAUUUAUUAAUAUUAGACAAUCAUUGUUCACAUUGCUCACUAAGAUCAAUAGAUUUUUGCAGAGACAAUAGAAUAAUCCUGCUCACCCUACCACCACACUGCUCCCACAACAUUGACAAUUGGAUGAGAAACCAUGUAGGCAAAUCAUUUACCAUAUAUGAAAUACCAUCAAUUAUUAAAAUGGAGCUUCCUAAAGCUACAACCCCCAAAAAUAUUCAGAAUGGAUUUUUAGCCUGUGGGAUAUAUCCCUUCAACCCUGAUAUAUUCUCUGAAGAUAGUAAUUUAAUAUCUAAUGAUGAUGAUAUGUCAGAAUUAUCCAAUAUUCCUCGGGCAGGGAAAUUAGCUUAUUGUGAUCCUGAAAAUGAUACAAUAAAUUCCACUCUUAGCCCUAUGCCUAUGACUUCUGAUAAUGAGUUAUGA